GCUUUAAAUGGGUUGGGGGUGUGUGGCUGUGCUGUGCUGUCCCCUCUGAUGUCCCUGUGCUGUCCCCAGCAGUGAGCAUGCAGAGUCCAGAGGGUGGAUCAGACUCAGCAGCUUCUGUGGCUCUUCACCCGUCGGCCUCAGCGCAGGCACCAGUGGUGCAGCCAGUGCCAGCCUCGCAGCAGAGGGUUUUGGUCCAAGCCACGGGCUCUGCUCCCAAAGGGGCACAGAUGCAGCAAAUCUCUGUUCCCAGAGUCCAGCAGGUUCCACAGCAGGUGCAGUCUGUGCAGCACGUUUAUCCAGCCCAGGUGCAGUAUGUGGAAGGAGGAGAAGCUGUUUAUACCAACGGAACCAUACGAGCUGCCUACUCCUACAGCAGCGAGGCGCAGAUUUACGCCCCCGCCAGCGCCGCGCCCUAUUUCGAAGCGCAGGGAGGAGGAGGAGGAGGAGCUCAGGUGACUACAGCGACAUCCUCUCCUACAGCCAUUCCCUCUCACAACAUGGUGGGCAUCACCAUGGACAUUGGGGGAAGUCAGAUCCUCUCCGGCUCGGGAGCCUAUCUCAUUCAUGGGGGGCUGGAGAACUCUAGACAUUCUCUGUCACACACCUCACGCUCCUCUCCAGCAACGCUUGAAAUGGCGAUUGAAAACCUACAAAAAAAUGAAGGGAUUACAUCACACAAAAGCAGUUUGCUCAACAGCCAUCUGCAGUGGCUGCUGGAUAACUACGAGACAGCAGAAGGUGUGAGCCUGCCCCGGAGCUCCCUGUACAACCAUUACCUGAGGCACUGCCAGGAGCACAAACUGGACCCCGUCAACGCCGCCUCCUUCGGGAAGCUCAUCCGCUCCGUCUUCAUGGGGCUGAGGACUCGGCGCCUGGGCACCAGGGGAAAUUCCAAAUAUCACUACUACGGGAUCCGCCUGAAGCCGGAGUCGCCGCUGAACCGCCUGCAGGAGGACACGCAGUACAUGGCCAUGAGGCAGCAGCCCAUCCACCAGAAGCAAAGGUACAGAGCAGCCCAGAAGAUGGAUGGGAUGGCAGAGAGUGCCUCCAACAGCACCCCCCACACCACACCCGAGCAGUCAGUGGCUGCCCAGUGCCAGCACCACCAGCAGUUCAUAGAUGUAACCCACGUCUUUCCUGAGUUCCCAGCCCCUGAUCUUGGUAAUGUCCUCUUACAAGAAGGUUUCACCUUGAACGACGUGAAAACUCUGCAGGUUCUCUACAGGAGGCACUGUGAGGCCACUUUGGAUGUCGUGAUGCACCUCCAGUUCCACUACAUCGAGAAGCUGUGGCAAUCCUUCUGGAGUCCCAAGGCAGCCCCCAGUGAUGGCCCCACUGCUCUGCCCUCCAGUGAAGAGGAAGCCGAAGGGACCCUCCCAAAGGACAAACUGAUCACCCUGUGCAAGUACGAGCCCAUCCUCAAGUGGAUGAGGAGCUGUGACCACAUCCUGUACCAGGCCCUGGUGGAGAUCCUCAUCCCUGACGUGCUCAGGCCCGUGCCCAGCACGCUGACCCAGGCAAUCCGGAACUUUGCCAAGAGCUUGGAAGGGUGGCUGAUGAAUGCCAUGAGUGAAUUUCCUCCCCAGGUCGUGCAGACCAAGGUGGGGGUGGUGAGUGCCUUUGCCCAGACCCUGCGCAGGUACACGUCCCUGAACCACCUGGCGCAGGCGGCGCGCGCCGUGCUGCAGAACACGUCCCAGAUCAACCAGAUGCUCAGCGACCUCAACCGCGUGGACUUCGCCAACGUGCAGGAGCAGGCCUCGUGGGUGUGCCAGUGUGAGGAGGGAAUGGUACAGAAGCUGGAGCAGGAUUUCAAGCUGACUCUGCAGCAGCAGAGCUCUCUGGACCAGUGGGCCAGCUGGCUGGACAACGUGGUCACUCAAGUGCUGAAGCAUCACGAGGGCAGCCCCAGCUUCCCCAAGGCAGCCAGGCAGUUCCUGUUGAAGUGGUCUUUCUACAGCUCCAUGGUGAUCCGGGACCUCACCCUGCGCAGCGCCGCCAGCUUUGGCUCCUUCCACCUGAUCCGCCUGCUCUACGACGAGUACAUGUUCUACCUGGUGGAGCACCGUGUGGCCCAGGCAACAGGGGAGACCCCAAUUGCUGUCAUGGGAGAGUUUGGUGACCUCACAUCCCUGUCCCCGACGCUGCUGGACAAAGAUGACAUCAGCGAGCUGGGCACGGAGGGGGACCCGGGGGAGCCGCUGGUCAAACGGGAGCGCAGCGAGCCCGGCCACUCCCUGCAGGACAUCUGAGACCCGGCUUGGACCUGGCCACUCCCUGCAGGACAUCUGAGACCCGGCUUGGACCUGGCCACUCCCUGCAGGACAUCUGAGACCCGGCUUGGACCUGGCCACUCCCUGCAGGACAUCUGACAUCUGACCCGGGGCUGGACCGAGCCAUCCAUCCGGAGCCAGGCAGGGCGUGCCAAGCCCGGGCCCACCCCCGGAUCUGCGUUAUUAUAGUGCCUCUUAGUUUCUCUUUCUGUUUACUUGUGUUUGAGGAUGGGCUGAGCCGGUUUGGCUGCCAGUGUCCCUCCAGAGGGGAGGGAGAAGCUCCAGAGUCUGCUCCCAAGGGAUGGGAGGCUCUGUGGUCAGCAGCAGGUGGGAUGUGCCUGGCUGGAGGAGCUGUCCUGGCUCUCCAGCUGAAGCACAAACGAGGCUUUCUCUGUCAGGGAAGGUGCUCUGGGUUCCUUCCCCAUGUCUGGACUUCACUGUGAUACAAACUUGAACCAAUCAGUGCCCAAGAAGAAGGAAAAAUAACCCAGCCCUUCUCCUGCAGCCUUUCCAGACAGCUGUCCUGGCUCUGGCUUUGCCAAUCUCUUGCACCGGGGGCACAGGGCAGCUGGUGUCCCUUGUCCCACCUGGGGAGAGACUCCAGGCUUCACAUCCCGACACAGGACACAUCCCAGGACACAGGCGUGCUCUGGGACUAUGGGAUGAGCAUUCCCACCUGCUUCCAUGGCUCUCCAGCCUGGCACUUCACCCCAACGCUCCUGGGAUGCCAUCAGCCAACUCAAGAUACCAAAGGACUCCGAGGCAGUGGCAGCUGGAGGCAGAGCGUGUCCAUUGUCCCACGUGCCACCAUUGCCUGGGGGCAAUCCCGUGGUGAUCCCGUGGCAAUCCUAUGGUGAUCCCAUGGCAAUCCCAUAGCAAUCCUAUGGUGAUCCCGUGGCAAUCCCAUGGCAAUCCUGUGGUGAUCCCAUGGCAAUCCUGUGGCAAUCCCGUGAUGAUCCCAUGGCAAUGCUGUGGUGACCCCAUGGUGAUCCCAUGGCAAUCCCACAGCAAUGCCCAUCCUCCACGGUGCCCAGGCAGACAGGAACUGUUCCCACAUCCUGGGGUUUGUGAAAUUCCCACCCCAUGUCCUGCUCUGAGGUUGAAGGAGGGUCUGGAGCAGGGGCGAGGGGGAGUGACCACAGUGCCUUAGGGUGGGCCUUGUUCCCAUUCCCUGCUCCAGGUGGCCCAGCUCAGCUCAGACUGGCCCAGCAUGGCUCAGACUGGCCCAGCAUGGCUCAGACUGGCCCAGCUCAGCUCAGACUGGCCCAGCUCAGCUCAGACUGGCCCAGCACGGCUCAGACUGGCCCAGCAGCCCAUCCCAGGUAGGGAGGAGCUGGCACAGACCCCCAGCACUCCACUGGCAUUUCCCUCUCUGGGUCCCUUUGCCUUUUCCUGCAGCGUGGCUCCCGUGGGGCUGAGCUGGGGCAGCUCUGCAGGGUUGAUCCCCUUCCCGUGUCCUGUGGGGUCUGUGCUGCCAUGGAUUGCCCUGGGGUGCUGUGGGCUACAGGGCAGAGGAGGGGGGGAUCUGUCAUCAAGCUAAACUGCAAAACAAAGCCCUGGGGCAAAUCUCUCUGUGAAUAAAGGCCGUGUCAUAAAUAGCUUUUAUUAUUAUGGUUUCUGAUGAUGCAGUGUUUGCUGUGAGCUUUUCCAGGUGUGCAUUUGCCUAGCAGAGUAUCUUCUACACAAAUCUCUGAUUUUCUCAUUCCCAGUGGCACUAAGGCAGCUGUGGCACUUUCAAACAGCUCCUAAUGGCAAGUGAAAUCAGAGUGUGUGCAGUGGCACAUCCUCCCUCUGCCCCACUGUUGUGCCAGGGUGGUGUUUGUCUGUAAAUGUCUCACAUGGAAGUGGCAGGAGAGAAGUGAGAGAGGCAGAUUUAAAUGUACAUAGCCAUGAAAACUCCCUGGGUCAGAGUCCACACUUGGGAUCCUGCUGAUGAGAUAAGAGAGUCUAAAAAAACAACUGAGCAACCAAAUCUUUACUGCCCUGCUCCCACUGAGGGCCACAGGAAGUUCAGCUCUUCCUCUGAGGGAAGGCAGCGUGCAAAGGAGAUGCUCUGGAGCUCUGCAGCAGCGUUGGGGAGGCUGCAGCAGCACCCAAACCCCCUCCACACAACUCCCAGCUAAAGCUGAACAGCAAUAAAUGUGUAUCCAAUGCUCAG